GCAUUUUCAACUCCUUACAUCCCUCCCAUCAUUCUUUACACUCUUAGCAUUUCUGGCCUACUGUGUUUCCUUUUCCAUGUUGCAAAAGGCAUUGCACUACAGCUUUGCUGGGACCGACAAGACCAAGCUGGCUCCACGGCCUGCAGGGCCCAGGUCCCGACAGAGUCCGAAGACAAUAGGGUGGGACGACCUACCAGCGUGGUUGCGCGAUAAUGAGUACAUCCGCACCGGAUACCGCAAACCCACAGGCUCGCACGCCAAAUGUGUCGAGUCCCUGUGCCAUGUCCACAACGAGACCGGCAACAUCUUCACCCACAUGCUCGGAGCACUGCUGUUUGUGUAUUUUAUCUACUCUGCACCGCAGACGGUAUUUUCCGAGUUUGACACAAUCGGCAAAGGCGAGCGUAUAGCAGUCUACGGAUAUCUGCUGACAGCGACCACAUGCUUUGCUAGCACACCAGUCCGCAUCUAUAACAAGUGCGAUAUGCUCGGGAUUUUGUCAAACUUUGUCGGGUCAAUAUCGGUAAAAAUAUUCUACAUGUUUUACUGCGAGCCGCAGAUCCGGACAAUGCACCUGACGCUACUGGUCUGUCUGUGUGUGAUGUGUUUCAGCGCCAAGGAGUUCCGUGCAUGGCGCUCAGUGGCGUUUAUCCUGCUUGGGUUCGAAAAGCUGGUGCCUGUGUUCCACACCUGGUGGAUGUUUGGCGCCGAGUACAUGUGGAACGCGGUCAAUAUCCCCUGCAUGUUCUGGAUGGCAUUCUUUUACAUUGGUGGCACUGCAAUCUACGCGUCCCGGGUGCCGGAGCGGUGGUUCCCGGGCAAGUUUGAUUUUUGGUUCGGCUCACAUCAGAUAUUCCAUGUGAUGUCGGUCAUCGCUGCCACCAUCCACUAUGCGGGGUCGGGUAGCUGCCUUAGUGCCUAGAUAGGUUGAUCAAAUAAAUUUGCCAUGGCCCGAGUCAGAAUUUGCCCCUGCAAUAGGAUACAGAGGAC